AUGGAGAUCGUCACCGUGGACCUCCGUGGACUGGACUAUGGAGGCGCAGGGUGGGCGGAAGCCCGUGACGCGGCGACCGCGUCCAUGGUGGCGCACGGGUUCGUCGUCGUCGCGCACGACGCGCUCGGUCCCGAGCUCCGGCAGGCGCUGUUCGGCCGCGCGAUGCCGGAGAUCUUCGCGCUCCCGGCGGAGGCCAAGCAGCGCAACGCCUCCGCCUUGGGCCCCUUCAGAGGGUACAUCUCCAACAUCCCCGGCAUGAACUGGGAGAGCCUGCGCCUCGCCGACGCCACCGACGCCGGCCGCGUCCGCGAGUUCGCCGACCUCUUGUGGCCGCAGGGAAACCGCGCCUUCUGCGACACAAUUGUGUCGGCAGCCAAGAACAUGUUCGAACUGCUGCAGACGGUGGAGAAGAUGAUCCUCGAGGGCCUCGGCGUCAAGGAGGACCACAUCGACGCGCACCUGGACACCCUCUCCCACGCCUUCCGGCUGUCACGCUACGGUGUCCCGCCGGACACGGCCACCAGCAUGUCCAUGCAGCCGCACAAAGACGACAGCAUGAUCACCACCAUCGUCCAGCACGAGGUGGAAGGCCUCGAGGUGCAGGCCAAGGACGGGACCUGGCUCGCCGUGCCGCCGCAGCCGGGCACGCUCACCUUCGUGGCCGGCGAGCUGUUUGCGGUCGUCACCAACGGAAGGGUGCCGCCGUGCGUCCACCGCGUCAGGACGCCCAGCAACCGCGAGCGCCUCUCCAUGCUGUUCGGCUGCCGAGGGAAGGACGGCGUCCUUCUCAGCGCCAUGGACGACCUCGUCGACGGUGACCACCCCCUGGUGUACCGUCCCUGCACCAACGACGACUACAGCAAGUUCAGGCACUCCGAUGAAGGGCGCAAGUUCAGUGACCCAUUGAAGGCUUUCUGCGGUGUGGAGAAAGAUGAGAUACCAAUGUAGUGAUCGGAGAGUUCACAUGAUAAAGUUCACUUCGUGUCACCAUCCUGCAAUUAGGCCGCCACUCCUGCCGAAAUUUACUCGAAUUGGUCGUGGACGUGUUUCGCAUUUCAUGAGAAUUUAA